AUACACUUCUUUACACAUCAUCGAGCUCCAUCAUAACUGUAAUAAAAACAUAUAUGGCCCGAUUCGUUCUCUCCCUAUUGAUUAGGGUUUUUUCUCCCUGGCGGCUAGGGUGCUUCUUCCAUCAAGAAAUUGCGAUUUGUCAUCUUUUUUCUUAAUCGACUUCGGCUCUUGCUUUCAAUUGGACUUGCUCUGUUCAUUUUUCUGCUAUGGAGGAUCAGGGAUUGCAAACUCUUGAUGCGGCAAUCUCCAAUUUAGUUUUAUCGGAGGAGGAGGAUGGACUUUCCUUCGCUCCAGACGGUGGUUUGGCAAUCCCGGUUGAGGAUUUUCGCACAUGAACUGUGGUCGGGCGUUUUCUCACCAACAAACCGCUCAAGUUCGACAUCAUGCAACAAGUUCUUGCUUCAGUUUGGCGGCCAGCUAUGGGGGUAAGAUUCAAACAAGGCGAAGGAGGGCUGAUUUGGUUCUACUUUUACCAUGAGAAGGAUGCCAAACGUAUACUCGAUGAAGGACCUUGGUCAUUCGAGAACAAUAUGCUUCUGUGUUGCCUUGUUGAGCCUGGAGAAACGGUCACAGCUGCAGAUUUACAGUGGCUAGAGCUCUGGGUUCAAGUGCAUGACCUUCCUCCUGGGUAUACUUCCCCAGCAGUUCUUGAGGCAGUGGGUAAGUUUUUGGGUCAAUUUCGUAAGAUUGAUGUUGCCAAUAAUUUUAAAGCUUUCCAAGGAUUCUUUCGGGUGCGUGUGGCCAUUGAUGUUCGUAAACCGUUGAAACGAAAGAUGAAGCUAACGAGGAGGGAUGGCUCUGUAGUGUGGGUUCUCUUCAAAUAUGAGAGGAUUACUGUUUUCUGUUACUAUUGUGGCAUCCUUGGGCAUCUGGAAAAGCACUGUCGUGCAGCACUUCUUUCCUCCUUGGCCCCAGAGAGCUACCCUUAUGAUGAGUCACUCAAGGCAGGGGGAAAGAAGGCUCUCUUAUCAGUUGGAGAGCAAUGGAUCAGGCGUGUAGACCCUGUUAACGUGGGGCAGUUGGCAAAACUACAGACGGUCGGUGAAAGCUCUGGGACUGAAGAUGACAUAUCCCUUGCUUUGGCAACUAAACGUAAAAGGGGGAACGAGGUGGGAUUUAACGUUGUUGCCAAUGAAACAUUGAUGGAUGAUAGUUCAAAAAACUUGUUUGGGGCGGGUGCUGGUUUCCAGACCCGCCAGGAUCAAUGAGCAUCAUUAGCUGGAACUCCCGUGGGUUGGGCAACCGACGGACAGUUCAAGAAGUGGCUGAAUUAGCAGCCGCCAAAAAGCCCGAUUUUAUAUUUCUUAUGGAAACAAAAGGUGCAAGAAGCAAGGCAGAAGAAUUGCGCUUGAAGCUAGGUUUUGAGGGUAUAUUCUUUGUGGACAGUGUGGGGUUGAGUGGGGGUCUAGUAUUACUGUGGAAGGAGAAGAACAUAGCCAGCCUUAUUAGUUAUUCUCGUUUUCAUGUGGAUGUUUCUGUUUUAAUAAAGAAUAUGCCAACAUGGAGAUUGACUGGCUUUUAUGGGAACCCCCGAAGGGAUCAGAGGCACUCAUCUUGGAUUUUGUUACGCUCUCUCAAGCAUAAGUCUUUGUUGCCGUGGUUGGUGAUAGGAGAUUUCAAUGAUAUGUGUGCUGCUGGAGAUAAGAAGGGGGGCAGCCCCCAUCCUCAUGCGCUCCUCACGGGAUUUAAUGACACUUUAUGUGAAUGUGGCUUGCUUGAUUUGGGAAUGAGGGGACACCCUUUCACCUGGGAAAGGGGUUGGGGUACAGAUAACUGGAUAGAAGAACGGCUUGACAGAGCGGUGGCCACUAGAUCUUGGCAACAGAUUUUUGAUCGAGCUUGUGUCUUCAAUCACUUUAUGCAUCGGUCUGACCACUCGGCUCUGUAUUUGAGUCUUUUGGGCCCGACACUUCAUACUCGGAGAAGUCAAUACCGAUUUGAAAAUGCAUGGCUUAGAGAAGAACGGUUUAAAGAGGUUCUUAAAGCUGCCUGGCAGGGGUCAGUAUAGAUGCCUUUUCAAGACAGAUUGCAGUUUUGUGGCAGGAAGCUUAAUGAGUGGGGAGGCGACAGGUUCCAAAGAUUUGGCAAGCGGACGAAGGAGUUGUGUGACUUAAUUCAGAGGGUCCGCAAGCGUCGUGAUGAGGAGGGGCGUCAAAUCCUUAAUAAAGCAGAUAAGGAACUCUCUAAAUUACUUGAUCAGGAGGACAUAUACUGGAAACAACGAACAAAGCAGCACUGGCUUUGUGCGGGAGAUAGGAACACUCGUUUCUUCCAUCAAUAUGCCUCUUACCGUAGAAGGAAAAAUCAAAUUCAUGGCCUGAUGGCUCCGAAUGGCAAGUGGUGCGAGGGUCCAGAAUUAAUGAGUUUAGUGACAGAUUAUUAUAACAGUCUAUUUCACUCUAGUGGGGCGGCUAAUUCAGGUUUCUUGGACUCCCUUACACCAUGUAUUUCUGUGGAGCAAAAUACUGGUUUGCUUCGCCCGUUCGAGGAAAGUGAGGU